CAAAAAAACAGUUCCCGAUCGUGCACUCACGUUCCAUAUUUUCGACUGGGCCAAACACUUCCACUGAACAACACCCGCAAAAAUCAUAACCCAUGUCCGAAAGUCUUCCCACUCUUCUUUGUUCCAUCCAACACCAUUACCUCAGCCAUUAAAACGAAUCAAAAAUUUAUUCAUAUAUAAAAAAAUAUCCACCGGAACAUGUUUUGCUGCAAGUGUCACUAUCUCCGUUGCAUGUCUUGAAUUGUUUUAUCGUUUGUUUAAGGUUUCCUGUAAUAAAGGGGCCUUCUUUUUGUGUUUUUUUUGUGUGAACUGUGAACUGGUGAAGUUGUGGUGGGGGGAAAUAGAGAGGAUGAAGUGGGUGGCUAUGAAAGGGGAAGGCAAAAUUGCAUUCAAGAUUAAGUCAAGAAUCAAAUGGGUUUUUUUGAUUGGUUUGAUUUUCUCUACUUUCUCCAUCUCCAUACAUUUUCUGCUAGCUAGAUACACGGAUUGGGGCGUUUCGGAGUAUCAGUCUUCUGUUACAAUUUUUUCCUGGAGGCCCAUCUUUCAGAAUGUAGAUCCUACUGCCAAUAAUCUUUUGUAUAGAAGACUUUGGGGCACAGUUAGGCUUCUUGAGCCUUUACAUCCCUAUGCGAACCCCGGAAAAGAUUAUGCAGCUCCUAUUGGAGAAACUAAUGGAUUCAUUUUUGUGAGGAUACGUGGGGGUUUCCAUGAGAUCAGAAACUCGAUCUGUGAUGCAGUUGUGAUAUCACGACUGCUCAAUGCCACGUUAGUUGUUCCUGAAAUUCAGUCCACUACAAGCAGCAAAGGAAUCAGCUCUCAAUUCAAGAGUUUUGCUUACCUCUAUAAUGAAGAUCAAUUCAUUGCUGCUUUAGCCAAAGAUGUCAAAGUUGUUAAAACCCUUCCACGUAUUCUCAAAUGGACAAGGAGAAAGAAAGAAAUUCCAUCCUUUCCGGUUGCAGCGUCAGCAUCUCCAAAUUUCUAUCUGCGUCAUGUUCUUCCUGUCUUGAGUAAGCACUCAGUUGUUGAACUUGUCAUAUCGGAUGGUGGAGCUUUGCAGGCAGUGCUUCCUCCACAUCUUGAGGAGUAUCAGAGACUUAGAUGCAGGGUUUCUUUUCAUGCUUUGAGGUUCAGAGAGGAGGUUGAGGAACUGGCUAACAAAAUUUUGAACAGAUUAAGGGCUUCCGGUCGUCCAUUUAUAGCCUAUGAACCAGGGAUGACGAGAGAGUCUUUGGCAUAUUAUGGCUGUGCCGAACUCUUCCAGGAUGUGCAUACUGAACUCAUUCAGCACAAAAGGUCAUGGAUGAUUAAACGUGGAAUUGUGAAGGGAAAUCUUUCUAUAGAUUCUGAAGAGCAACGGCUUAAGGGAUUAUGCCCUCUUAUGCCGGAGGAGGUUGGUAUUAUUCUUCGAGCAUAUGGUUACACAUCGGACACAAUAAUUUAUAUUUCUGGAGGAGAGGUCUUUGGUGGGCAGAAGAAGCUGAUUCCUCUCCAUGCUAUGUUUGAUAAUGUUGUCGAUAGAACCUCUCUAAGUGCACCGUGGGAAUUUAAUAAGUUAUACGGUCGUGAGGCCAGUAUUGAUGACAAAAUUCCAAUGGCUCCACCAGUUAAGCAAGAGGUGAAGGUUGACACUUGGAAAACCGCAGGUCCUCGUCCUCGACCUCUGCCACCACCACCUGCACGCCCAAAAUCUUACAAUAUAGAGGGUUGGUGGGGUUGGGUGGCUGAGAGUAAUAAAGAACCAGAAAGUACGGUUAUAGAGCUACGGACUAAUGCUCAUAAAUUACUAUGGGAGGCUGUAGACUAUAGGGUAUGUGUUGAAGCAGAUGUUUUUGUUCCUGGAUUUGAUCGAGAUGGUAAAGGGCAUCCAAAUUUUGCCAGUUUAGUAAUGGGUCACAGACUUUACCAGUUUGCUGCAUCCAAGACAUUCAGGUUUGAUAGGUAAUAUAGAUUGCAAAUUACUCCUUUCUUUCUUGCUUGAUCCCGCUCCACUAUAUUGUCCUGCAAAUUAUUGUUUUCAGUUCAUUUCAAUCCUUAUAAAGUUUAUCAAGAUGUUUUUAAAGUUUGAAGAAGAUUUUAUUGUUUGUGUAUUUUUUCUCAAAGGUAUCGGCUGGGGUUUUCUUUUAAAAUUUUUUCACAUUCCUCCAUCCUUAUCUUCCAUGCAGAAAGGCAGUUGCCAGUAUGUUGGAUGAGAUCCGGGAACACUCAUAUCAGGCCAACCAUACUUGGAUAGCAUCGAUACGCAGGCAUCUCCGAAAAAGCUUGAUUGAUGAACUAACAAAGGAAUCUAACAGCUCAAAGCAGCAAUAUUUCCUAUCUUUUCCAGUCCCUGAAUGUUCAUGCAUAAGAAAGAGUUCCCCUGAAAGAUCUCCUCAUUCUUCAAGUUCUUCGGCAUCCCCAGAACUUCCUGCGUUUCUUGGAAAGACUCGCAGUUGUCCAGCUUGGAUGGAGAGUCAUAUGACUGAUGAACAAAAGGACAAGGAAAGCGAAGAGGAACUUGAUGAAGACGAUUCUGCAUCUCUUGGGUUGUUUCUUCAACAGAGCAAUAAUCAGGAAGCUGGAGACGGGGAAACAAACAGCAAAGAAGAAACUCCGAUGGAGGAUAAUGAGGAAGCUGAAGCAGGAGAAAGAUGACAAAGUUUCAGGGUUCUUCCUCUUGAAAUCCUGUUGUUGUAGAUGUGUAUAUAUGUUUUGCCUUUAGGUGGCUGCUAAUUUAGGUAGUAGAUGAAAAGUUACUCUAGAAUUCAAUUUUGACUCAGUUUAGUUGAGUUCUGCUAACACUAACAUUUGAUUGUUUAGUUUGAUUAGUCUGAUUGCCAUUCAUGAUUUCAUGUGAUCUCUGGGCAUCAUUUCUCCAUUGAAUAUGGCAAACUCUAGUUGCAGAGCUUGAGAAAUGUUUGUCAUCCCUUACAUUAUCGGACUAAUAUUGCUAGUGGUAGAAGAUGUUAUGCAAUUACAGAAGAAAUAGAAGGCAAAAAUGAGAAUGUUCCCA